GGCUGAUUCACCUGCUGGGUGACGCGUGGGGCGGGGGAAGUGCCCGCCGGGACUGGCGGGGACGGAGCCGCCGGUGCUGGGUGCCCGUCGCUCGGGUCGCGCCAUGGAGCCGCCGCGGCUGCCGCGGGGGGCGGCCCUCGUGCUGCUGUGCUUCGCAGGUCUAACAAGAAGCCUAACCAUAACUCCAGUUGAGCCAUCAAUGUUUGAAAAAGCACAAGGAGAGAAAGUUACCUUGCCAUGUACUUUUGUACUCUCAGAAGAAGAUGAAGGCCCACUAGAUAUUGAAUGGGUAUUGAUACCAGCAGAUAAUCAAAAGAAGGAACAAAUAAUAAUUAUGUAUGCUGUAGACAGGAUUUAUAAUCAUUAUUAUGCUGCUAUGACUGGGCGGAUGCAGUUUACUAAUCCUGAUCCCAGAUCUGGUGACGGCUCGCUGGAUAUCCUGAAUUUAAAGUCAGCAGACACUGGUACAUACCAGUGCAAAGUGAAGAAGGCUCCUGGAGUUCAAAGUCAAAAAUUACAGUUGACUGUACAUGUAAAGCCAGCAAGAACUAAGUGUUCCAUUGAAGGACCCCAGGAGAUUGGAAAAGAUGUUAUCUUGAAGUGUGCAUCACAAGAAGGAUCCCCACUUUUGUCUUAUGACUGGAGAAGAGUAUCUGGCACACAGGAACUUCCUGCUACUUCCAUGCUGAAUAAAAAUACAGGGGAACUUCUCUUGAAAAAUGCCUCUCAAGACUACUCUGGUACAUACCAUUGUGUUGCCUCAAACAGAGUUGGCACGGAUGAAUGUUCUGUUCAGCUGAAUGUCACCCCUCCUAUAAAUACAGCUGGUAUAAUUGCUGGAGCUAUUAUAGGAACUCUGCUGGGUCUGUCUGUACUGGGUUUUCUCAUCUUCUGUUGCUGUAAGAAACACAGAGAGAAGAAAUAUGAGAAAGAAGUACAUCAUGACAUCAGAGAAGAUGUUCCACCUCCAAAAAGUCGCAGUUCAACAGCCCGCAGCUACAUCGGCAGCAAUCGUUCUUCGCUGGGUUCGAUGUCUCCCUCUAAUAUGGAAGGAUAUACCAAAACUCCGUAUAGCCAAGUCCCAAGUGAAGACUUUGAACGUACUGCUGGUCAAAACCCAACCUUUGCACCUUCAAAGGUAGCUGCACCUAAUUUAAGUAGAAUGGGAGCUGUUCCUGUGAUGAUUCCAGCACAAAGCAAAGAUGGGUCCAUAGUAUAAGAUAUUACUAAUUUAUAUGCUGUUUUUUAAGUGUUCAUUGUAAGUAUUAAACAACCAUGUUCCAUCCCUCAUUUUAAACAAUGGCAUGCGGUUUUCCUUGAAGAAAAUUAACAAGUUAGUUUGAAAAGCCACCUGUUCUUAUUUUUAAUUUAAAAAAAUUUAGGAUAUGACAGUUGAACUACUUGCUAAAAAGUUGAAGUUCCUGAAUAAUCAGACACUGAAGGUUUUUGGACCUCUGGUAGGUUGCUGAAGAGACACUGCCAGCUAAUGUGCAGUUCUGAAUAUGUAACAGCAAGACACAAGUGAGAAGUAACAAAAGCAUUUAAUGUAUAGACCAUGAAGUUUCUCAGAGUUCCUGAAACUUUAUUCUUAAUUUUGGAAUAACAGAAAUAUUUUAACUUGGCCACUGUCUGAUGAAGUUGCAGGAGGCUGAAAUACUGAGGAUGACUUUGAAUUCUUUUCAGACUCCUUAAUACCUGGUGAUGUCUGGAGCACUUCUUGAGCUCUUAUUUCAGAAGCUACCAGUUUUUUGUUUGGUUUACUUAGUUUAAUUAAUCUAUUCUGAAUUUAAAAUUUCAGUGAGUGGAAAUGUGACAGGAGACCUUGCAAGCUCUUUAAAACAUUAGUUUUCUAUAAUAAAUCGUUACAGUCAUGUCAGAUGACUUAUGUUAUCUGAUGCAAGAGGUCCUAUCAGGUUUGUUGGUAGUUGCAUCUAAGCUUUAAAAUCAAUAGAUGAAUGUUACUGCCACAGUAAGAAUGAAUAUGUAUAUCUACAGGUCUUAAGUUAAUUGUACCUUGCAUUUUCCAAAGCCUGUUUAGAUUCUGUGGUAGAUUACUUAGAAGCUCCAAUGAAAGCUAUUAAGUAACUGUUAUUUGAUAUUUGUCUUCUUGCUCUAACAUAACUUUAAGAACAUCUUUCCCCAUAUACAUGUAAGCAGUAGUUAGGUCUAACUUAAGAUUCAAGUAUCUUUCUGUAUGAAUUUGCAAGGAGCUGAAAGUUAAUUUCUGUUUGUCUCUUCAGCAGCCCUAAAUAUUCUUACUAGCAGACUUUUAGACUUCUAAGAACAAAAGUUUCAUGCAGCCAUAAUCUGAGAGGAAAUAGUUAUCAAGAGUCAUUGAAUAGUUUUGUUUUGGAAAGACCAAGAUCACCAAGUCCAACCAUUAACCCAGCACUGCCAAGAAGAAUUGUUGAUGUAAAUCUCACAGAAUGACAGAAUGUUAGGGGUUGGAAGGGACCUCCAAAAAUCAUCGAGUCCAAGUCCCUGCCAGAGCAGGACCAAAAAAGCUAGGGCAGAUCACUCAGAAAGGCAUCCAGGCAAGUCUUGAAAGUCUCCAGAGAAGGAGACUCUACAGCCGCUCUGGGGAGCCUGUUCCAGUGCUCUGUAACCCUCACAGUAAAGAAAUUCUUCCUCAUGUUGAGGUUGAACUUCUUGUGCACAAGUUUGAAUUCAUUGCCCCUUGUCCUAUCACAUAGCACAAGUGAAAAGAGCUUGUCCCUGCCUUCCUGAUGCCCAGCCCUCAUGUAUUUAUAGACAUUAGUUAGAUCCCCCCUCAGUCUUCUCCUCUCUAGACUGAAAAGCCCCAGGUUUUUUAGCCUUUCCUCAUAAGGCAGGUGUUCCAGUUCCUUAAUCAUCCUCAUAGUCCUUCAUUGGACUCUCUCAAGUAAAUCUCUGUCCCUCUUGAACUGGGGAGCCCAGAAUUGGACACAAUACUCCAAGUGAGGUCUCACCAGGGCCAAGUAGAGGGGGAGGAGAACCUCCAUCAGCCUGCUGGACACACUCUUCUUAAUGAACCCCAGGAUACCGUUUGCCUUCUUGGUCACAAGGGCACAUUGUUGUCCCAUGGAUAACUUGUUGUCUACCAGGACUCCAAGGUCCUUCUCCAUGGAGCUGCUCUCUAGCAGAUCACCUCCUAGCCUUUACUGGUGCAUUUUGUUGUUCCUUCCUAGGUGCAGGACUCUGCAUUUGCUCUUGUUGAAUCUUACUAGGUUCCUCUUUGACCAGCCUGUCCAAAUCUUGCUGAAUAGCUGCACAGCCUUCAGGUGAAUCAGCCAGUCCUCCUAGCUUCAUGUCAUCAGCAAACUUGCUGAGAAGACACUCUGUCCCAUUAUCAAGGUCAUUGAGAAAGAUGUUGAACAGUACUGGACCCAGCACUGAUCCCUGACUCUGCACCAUUGACCACCACUCUUGGGCUCUACUGUGUAGCCAGUUCUUAAUCCAUCUGACUGUCCAUUCUUUUAUCCCACAUAUCCUGAGCUUGCUUAUGAGGAUGUUAUGGGAGACUGUGUCAAAAGCCUUGCUAAGGUCAAGGUAGACUACAUCCACUGGUUUCCCUGCAUCUGUCCCUUUGGUCACAACAUCACAGAAGGCUAUCAGGUUAGUCAAGCAAUAUUUCCUCUUGGUAAAUUCCAUACUGACUACUCCUGAUAACCUUUUUCUCUUCCAUGUGCUUAGAGAUGAUCUCCAAAAUGAGCUGCUCCAUCAUUUUUCCAGGAAUGGCAGUGAGGCUGACUGGUCUGUAAUUUCCUGGCUCUUCCUUCUUACCCAUUUUGAAGACUGGAGUGACACUGGCUUAACUCCAGUCUUCAGGCACCUCUCCUGUUUGCAGUGAUCUUAUGUUUAAAGAUUAAAAAUCCUCUCCAGUUUUGAAAACUUAAAGCAUUGCAGGAGGAACAGAAAAUUCUCUAUCUUACUUUCACACAUACUUCACAGACUUUUGGUGGCUUCUGAUGACUGAUCAAAUAUGCCUGUGGAAGCUGGAAUUAAAGCUUAGUGCAGUUUGAAUCGUUGUGGAUUUUUUUUCUUCCUUUCCAUUUUCUGUUUUCUUUCCUCAGCCUGUGCUGUGGGGCAGGAGGGGCAGUCCCUUCAGCUCUUUCUAGCUAUAGAUGUUAAACUGCAAGGUAUUUUGGAAAACUCCGAGGGUGUAUAGUAUGUGGCACUGAUGUUGAUGAAGGAAAUACCUGAAUUGCCUGUUGAAAGAUGUUAGGAUUAUUUGUAUGUAGCAACAGUGUAAGAGAAAACAUUUCCCCAAACUUCUAGGUUUAGUGUCUUGCUUUUUUGUAGCUGCUUAUAGAUCUGUGAUAAAUUCUUAAGCUUAAUACUAAAUGUUUUUUCUAUCUGUAGUUAGGUUCACAAUUUUUGACUGGCACUAUUAAUGUAAAGAACAUACCCUUCAUACUGAAUUUAGAAAUUUAAAUGGCUAUUAAGUAUUCUAGACUUACGUUUUACACAUUUGGGACUUUUUUAGAUUGUAAACUGAUACUGUUAGAGAUCAGGUUUUUUUAAUCUUCCAUGUGUGCCUUUUCAAUAAACUCUGCCUGAUUGUAACUUCAGUUUUUAUGAAAUUUUUGGUGCCUAAAUUUACUGUUUGAACAGGUGCUUAGAUAAUGAUACAGUUCUUAAAUAUGACACUGUGAUCUGUUUUCUUAAUUCUUAUGUACUAUUUAUACCUCUUCAUGCCUAUUUUUGGAUGUAACUUCAGUGGCUCUCUGCAUCAUUGUUCUAUAUUUCAAAAUGUCAGUUACUCCCUUAAUUGCUAGUUAUGAUCUAAGUGUUUAUAUUCCUGGAAACUAUUUAGUUGUCAUACCAAUGAGAUGCAGGAUUGACUUUUACUUGUGUUGUAAAGAAUAGGUUUAGUAACUGUGCCAAACAUAUGCUUAUGAAGAACAAUAGAUGAGGACACUUGCAUCCAAUUAUUGUGAUAGAAGAGACUUGCAAGAUUUUAAUCAUACACUGAUUGUUUACCUUGAAACUAAAGCCUUCCUUAAUUAAAAGGGUAUAGUUAUUAUAAAUACAAGUUGAGUACAAAACUCAACUGAAUCACAGACUGAGAGAUAGCUAUAAACCUAAGCAACCAGGCAACAAACCUAUUGAAUUUGGUUCUUAGCCAUCUGUGGACAUAUGUGAGAUGAGAUGUGAAUUUAGAUUUUUGUUUGCUUUUGAUUUUUGUUGUGUGGGUUUUUUUUUUUGUUUGGCCUGAGACCCUGUGCUUUCAGUCAGGUAAGCCCUAGGACACUGAAGAGCAGAAACUUAUCUCACUAAAGUGUACAGAGCAGAGUUUACACACACUUAAUGCUCUGUCAGCUUGUACAAAAUAAUAAAUGGACAGAAGGACAGCGUGGUGUGCCCUCAGAGCCUAGCUGGUAGGCUUAGCAGCCUUGACAGUGUUUGUCUAUUUAUGUAAUUGCAUGGAAAGUAAAAGGAAUAGAAUCUGACAUAGUCCUUAUCCGAAAUACAGAACCUCUGGGUUGGGGUAAACUUUGUCUCAAGUUGGUAUGCUGUUUUGAAUGCAUACAACACUACUAUGAAAACUUAAUAGUGCUAUUAUAAAUUAUUUCUUUAGUAAAUAGAUUGUUCACUUACACUGGAUUAUGAUUCUCAGAAGCAGCUACUGUACUUUAGCAGUGAUACCUAGCUGUAGGAGAUGAACUGGUUAAACACGUGAGGUGUCCGAUCUUAGUGAUAGCUCUGCUAACAGAAUUCUUCUAGGAAGUAAUGGCAGCUGAUAUGCCAGUUAGAAGGUGGCAUUUUUCAUGUCUCUCAUUUUAUUAAAAAGGAAAAAGGGGGGCGGUCUGGGGGGGGAUGGUACCAUUAUGUAAAUAAGUGAUCUCAAGAAACCUCUAGUUAAUGUCAUGACUGUAAACUUGCCUGUUGAGGACUACUGUGUAUAGAAGAAAACUCUCAAUUUUAGCAUGAUGUGAAUAAAGUGUUAGACUUGUAAUACUGUAGAGGUUACGUAGCACUUGUCAGUAUAUCACAAUCAUUUUCAUAAACUUUCUGAAAUGGAUAUUUAAAGAUACUUGUGUGAGAAUUCCUUCUCUAAAAAUUAAUACUUCUUCAAAAACUGUGUAGUGCACAUCAAUGCCUUGUUGGAGGGGUAAAACAUGACUUUUGAAAGAAAUGUACAAUGCAUACAUCUUUAUUAACUCCGUUAGUUGCAUUCAUGUUAGAUGUAUGCUUCCUGCUUAAUAGUACAUAUAAGACUUCUUAAUUGCAAGUUUUUCUGUAACGCUGAAUAUUGUAUAUUGCUGGUGUUCAUUAUAAGCUUUUGGUUUUGUUCUUAACAGUGUAUGUUCUGGAUCACUUUAGAUCUUUGUUCCAGUCUAAUGGCAUAAUACUAUUUGUGUCACUUAAACCUUGUUUUAUACACUUAAUAGGUGCUUUAUGGGACCCUUUGGUUAUCGGUCCUCUAGCAUUGAGGCACAGCUCACUUGAAAUUGGAGCAAUAAUAUUUCCUGGAAUCCAAAAUGUUAUGAUGUUAUGUUACACUUCUCAUGCACAAAGCAUGGACUUGAAUAUUGAUAUGAAUUUCAGUAUGAGCUUUUAUAUUCACACUUUUGGGGGAAUGGUAUUUUAAAAUACAAAUAUUGUGACUGAAUUUGUAAAAACUAAAUCCAAAAUUUUAAAAUGCUGUAGUUCCAUGACAGACUUGUGUACUUUUUGAAAUAAAACUGUUGGAGAAAACAGUAGUCUGUCUUUAUUUUAAAGUGGCACUUCUGUAUGGCUUCAACUUUCUCUUUAUGUAAUUGGAAGUGAACUAAUAAAUAAGGCUGUGUAUACCA